UGUCAAGCGGGGGACGUUGAGCGAGGAGGGGGUGGCGGUGGGUCGCACUUCCGCCUCGGGGAGUGUCAACGAGUCUCGCCAGGGGGCUUGCGGCCGGAGAGGCGUGUGCGCGUGCGCACGUCCGCACCGCAGGACGGGGGACGCGCCGGGCGACAGGACACUUGGAACUAUUUUGCUUUUAUAAAAAACGUGAUCACAUCAGUAACAACUAUGCAUUAAUGAGACACUGAAGGGAGAGAAAAACCAACUAAAAGAAUGAAUAGUGAAGAGGAAUUCUAUGAUGCUGUCACAGGCUUUGAUUCCGAUAAUUCUUCAGGAGAAUUUUCAGAAGCAGUUCACAAAGUUGAUGUGGAUGAUCACCAGAGUCACAGGACUGGAAAGCACAAUGGCGAUGGGCCAGUACAAGAGAAUGGAAUCAAGAAACACAGAACAUCCUUACCUGCCCCAAUGUUUACUAGGAGUGAUUUCAGUGUCUGGAGUAUCUUGAAAAAAUGCAUUGGAUUGGAGCUGUCAAAAAUUACCAUGCCCAUUGCCUUCAAUGAACCCCUGAGCUUCCUUCAGCGAAUAACAGAAUAUAUGGAGCACACAUACCUCAUUAAAAAAGCAAACUGUCAUUCUAACCCUCUAGAAAGAAUGCAGGCUGUUGCUGCUUUCGCCGUGUCUGCUGUCGCCGCUCAGUGGGAGAGAACAGGCAAACCGUUUAACCCUCUCCUUGGAGAAACAUACGAAUUAAUCAGGGAUGAUUUAGGUUUUAGAUUGAUUUCUGAACAAGUCAGUCAUCAUCCACCUAUCAGCGCAUUUUACUCUGAAGGCUUAAACCAGGACUUCGUUUUUCAUGGCUCAAUUUAUCCUAAAUUGAAGUUUUGGGGGAAGAGCGUAGAAGCAGAACCCCGGGGAAUCAUAACAUUGGAAUUGAUAAAACACCGUGAAGCUUACACUUGGAGUAACCCUACCUGUUGUGUACAUAAUGUAAUUAUUGGCAAGCUUUGGAUAGAACAGUACGGAACAGUAGAAAUUAUAAAUCACAGUACUGGAGAUAAAUGUAUUCUUAACUUUAAACCAUGUGGGCUGUUUGGUAAAGAGCUUCACAGAAUAGAGGGCUACAUUCAGGACAAAAAUAAGAAAAAACUCUCAGUGAUCUAUGGGAAAUGGACAGAAUGCUUGUGGUGCGUUGAUCCUUACUCUUACGAAAACUACAAGAAGAACGAGAGAAAAGGAGGCGAUCAGAAGAAACCAAAGCCGAGAGAGGACCCUGAAAAUGAUGAAGCCGAUGAUAUGCCAGAGAUUCAAGAAACUGUGCAAGUUAUACCUGGUAGUAAGCUACUUUGGAGGAUAAGCUCAAGGCCAUCAAAUUCAUCACAGAUGUACAAUUUCACCAGUUUUGCUGUCACUCUUAAUGAAUUGGAGAAGGGCAUGGAAGAUAUAUUGGCUCCUACUGACUGUCGGUUAAGACCAGACAUAAGGCAUAUGGAAAAUGGAGAGAUAGAUCUGGCAAGCAAAGAAAAAGAGAGGCUAGAAGAAAAGCAAAGAGAUGCUCGAAAGGAUCGUGCAAAAGAGGAAAUUGACUGGAGGACAAGAUGGUUUUACCAAGGCACUAAUCCAUAUACUGGGACUGCUGACUGGUUAUACUCGGGAGGAUAUUUUGAUAGAAAUUUCUUCGAUUGUCCGGAUAUCUAUUGAAAGCCUUGAAUGCAGUUGCUCUUUUGCCCAGAAUUGGUAGACUUAAGUGAGUCCAGCGGCUCUUGGGCUAUGUCAUGACAAGAAAAUAAUAUAUUUUUCCUAAAGCAAUGAAAAUCAUCAAUCACUGAUCAAGAUUUUGUCAUGUACAUUUGCCAAAAUACUGAAGUGCUGUUACUCAUUUUCCUGAAGCUGCAAUAUGAAAUUAUGUAAUGGGGAAAGAUGCUUGCAUGUUUUUGUUAGCUUCCUUCAAUUUAUCAUUUCAUAUUUUAUUUCAUUUUAUUUUUUUUGUCCAGGAUUAACGCACUAAAACCGGUGGGAAAAUAGCUCCUUUCUUAAAAAAAAAAGAUAGGUACUUUUUUUUUGAAAAUAAAAUUGUACAAUAAAAGAUAUCUUUGAAGUAUUCAUAACUUGGAGGCCACAGAAAUACAUUAAGCAUAAGAGAUAUGCAGCUGGCCCUAUUGAAAAAGUUUCUAGCAAGAAUCCAGCAUGACUAAAAUUCACAGGAAUCUUUGAACGCUCUUAACUUUUAAAAAUUUGACAACGUACAGUAGAGGUAGACUUAAUUUUUCAGGAUCAGUUUCUCCAUUUUGCCUCAGUCUUCGGGCACUGUGGUUUAUUGAUUCAAUGAGGCAUCUGUGAUUUUAUUUUUAAAAAAGGAACUACUCCAUCGUAGGUUGGGCUGGUUUGUAAGUGUGGAUAACAGCCAAUUUUUGUGUGUUUGAAGUUUUGAAAAUAUUUUGUUUUAAAAAAACCGAGAUGGCUUUGGAGAUAUUUAUAGGAACUUGGAUGUCAUGUAAAUAUCAUGUAAGAAAUCAUACUUCUUGCUUUGUUCAGAAAUGUGUUUGUUUGCAGCUCUGCUUUAGGAGACUGAUUUUCCCAUUGAUUUCAUAACAUGAGCAUCCUUCUUCCCCUUUCAAUUUGCCUCGAAUACAUCUGCAAAAGUUCAUAUUUAUUUUGGGCUUUUUUUCUGAAUCACUUGCUUGCAUCACAACUGAUAACAGGUUUUUGAACAGCAAUUUCUUAAUCUGUCCAAUGCUGAAUGAUACAAUGGAAGCUUUUAAUGAAUCUCCACUUGGUAGAAUUUCCUUGAGAAUAAGUGUAGGCUUUGCAGUUUUAAACAUGUCAAAACUGUGUCACUCUGGAGCUGUUGAAUUGAGAGGGAAAAGAGUGUUUUUUUAUUUCUAACACAAGUUAUUGACAAUAUGUGUGGGUGUUAUAGAUAAGUUAAUAUUUACUAGAUUAUUAUCUGCCAAAUUGGAGAUAACGUACCUUGCUGUUUUAAAUGGUAAACCAGCAAGAGCAUAAUAAUCUAAAAGGGACAAUGAAAAGAUUAAAAGAUUGGAUUAUUGUCCCAUGAAGAUUUGCCUAUGAUACAGGAAUAUUUGAGUAUUUUUCAUUACAUUUCAAGCAAAAAAAAAAACCAUGAAAAUACUUGAGGCAAUAAAAUACUCUUUUAAGAGAAUUGAUUUGGACAAGCACUAGUUAACUAUAAAUUUUACGUUGUUGGUUAUCUAAAUUUGCUACAUAUUGCAGCUUCAUGUUCAUUUACUGCAUUAGGGCCUCAAAAUGCUUCAGUGCUCCCUCUCUUGAAAUGACUUGCAUCAUAGUAGUCUCGCUGUAUAAUGUCCUUUCCUUCGUAAUACAUUACCCACAGAUCAGUGUGUAUUUUAUUGUUAAUAGAUUGAUUUAUCUAUUAUGUAUCCCAGUCCAAAAAUUCUUGGGUCCUUCUGUUUUUUGGUAGGAACAGUGAAUAUUAGUUCCAGCGGUAGUUUUUACACUAUACAUCCACUACAGAAUUGGCUGUUUAUAUUGCUCUUAUAAUCCACUGAAUUUAGCAUCUGAACAGUAAGGCUAUACAAAGAUCAGCUGUUAUGAUAUAGUAUUUCAAGUUCUAACCCCAGAAACGUGAAAAUAGGGGACAAUAGAAACUCACUUUUUCUCCCUUGGUUAAGUUGCUAUCUCUUUUUAUUAGUAAAAGUUUUGGAAAGGGUUAAGCCAGGUGUCUGUAUGCUUAAUUUAAGCAGGGAGUCAAAUACAGGUGGGUUGCAUUAAUAUUUUGAAGGAAUCACAUUAAUUUUUUUUAAACAGUUGGACUUUUUUUUAAGAAAUGGCAAGGGAUUUUUCUAAAUUCCAAUUUGCUGCUGGAGGAAAAUGCAAUCUUUUAAAUUGAAACUAAAACUGGUUUUAAAGGAAGGGUGAAUAUUUUUCAUUUCAUCUUUUGUAUAAUCACUCUCUAUUGAAAAUACAUUUACAUUAAGGCUUCAUGACUUAUCUUUUAUACCAACUGAGGCAUAUACUGUACUAUAUGUUCAUGAUUUGGUGACCGGCUGAGCCUUGCAUUUCAAAAAUAGUGUGAAAUUAAGACUGCAGAAACUCUGCUGUCCAGUAGAAAUUAGUGGGAGGCUAUUAACUUAGCUAAUUUGUUUCUCUGAAUAUGAUUAAUUGUACUGGAAAAUAAUUCUUAAGCUGCAAGUCCAUUCUCCCACAUACUGUAUAUGUAUAUUUCCUUUCUAACCAGGGUACUAUACUAAAUAUAAUGCUUCAGAACAGAUUAGAAUUAAAGCGCACACUAAAGUUUGAUGAUCUUAAAAGCUUUAAUUAUAUUAUUGGGUUUCUUUCCUUAUGAAAAAGAUAGUCAUUUAGUUUGUUUACAUUUUUACCUGCACUUAUUAUAAGCACCAGCUUCACAACCUAAGCACUGCCUUACAUUUGACAAUUCCAUGGGGGGGGGGGAAGCACUUUUAAAAUAAAGAAAUAAUCAUGUUAAAUAUUAAGAUAGGUAUUAACUUAAAGCAGAUAUUUUUUUAUGUGGAAAAAAUAGUUAUUGGCUGCUUAUUUCCAUUGUGUUUACCUUGGUACCUUGUUUUGAAUUAAGGCUCGUGCAUACAUUAGCUUGACUCCAGGACUAUGGGUCGACACCCAAAACUUUUAAUUUGCAGAUAGUCGUGUUUUCCCCUUACUCUACAGCAUCGGGAAGAAUUCCAUACCCACAUGCCUUAUGCUAUAUUGCGACACUGGAGUAAAUAAAACACGGUGGAUUAAUAGCUUUUCUUGCUGUGCUAUUAGGUUGACUUCACAAUAAAAGCAGUCUUAUCGUAACAAGAAGUAACCACAAAGACUCACACUAGUCCAUUUCUAAAAUAGCAAGACAGCAGCAGGCUAUGGAAAUGAAGAUGAAACUUCCUAUUCCGAAAUAAAUCCCACCGGAAACGUUAACAUGUCCACUUUGCUAGUCUUCGCUCUCGUCCUCAACGCAACCUGCAGAUGAGCAUUAUUUUUCGAUCACUUCAACAAGAUGCUUGAUCAAUGGAACACUACUAAUUCAUUAAAUUCUCUGACAAGAGGACGUUAACUGGACAGUAUAGGGCCAUGGUGGCGAAUCUAUGGCACGCGUGCCACAGGCGGCACACGGAGCCGUCUCUGGUGGCACACGAGCCAUUGCUGGGCCGAGCUGUUCUCUCCGCGCAUGCGCAGCUCUCCGCACACGCACAGUCUGGGAAUAAGCAAGAGGCUAUAAAAGGAGCAACUUUCAGCGGAAGCAGCAUUUGCUGCAGAUAGUGAGAGAGCGAGCACAAGUCGGAGCGGACACUGAGUGAGCACGAGCCGACAGCUCGGUGGCCACGCCCACCCGGCACCCGGCGAUGCAUAAGUGGGUUUUGGGUUGCAGUUUGGGCACUCGGUCUCUAAAAGGUUUGCCACCACUGGUAUAGGGUGUUUUUUUUUUCCAAAAAAAAAGAACGAAAGGUAUAAAUUCCUGCUUAAUAAUGAUUUGAUUUACACUGUUAGCCUUUACAUGUAAAGAGAAAAGGGUGGAAACAGCCCUUUUUGAGGAGUUUGAUAAACAUAAUUUAAGUUUAUUACUACUGCACCUUGCAUAGUUUUGGGUGGAACAAUACAUGAGCGCUUUCUCUUCGGCAUCAUUAAAAAUCCUAGGUCCUCAAAGUAGGAUCUUAGACAAAAAGCUUCAUAAAUAUAAAUUUUAAAGCAUAAGAGAUCUAUUUUAGCAAAUUAAUACUGUAUACAAAUAUGUGAAUCAGUACCAUCUAGAAUUAGUUUCUGAAAGUUUUUCUUUGAUUCUCAAGAGUGCUUACCCAAAAUUUAGAAGCUUCGGAUUACUAACUGUUGACACUCAGGUAGCCUGUAAUCCUGAAAAAGACAUUAUUGUAAUAAUCCCAAUAGUUCAGGUGCCUGUGUGGUUCUUCAGUUUUUCUAUGUUUGUUGUAUUCCGUGUAUUUUAAUGUUGCAAAUGUGGCCGUUCUCUUUAUGUCGUGUUUUUAAUUCCUCACUUAAUGAUCUACUGUAAUGUUGCCUCUUUAAAAUUCUUAAGUGGUUUGGGUUUAAUUGUAAAGUAAAGCAAUAUUUAAAUACCUAUAAAGCAAAAGGUUCUAACAAAAAUAAUUUUUAUGAUCUUUAUAGCAUGUGGGGGGGGAAGCACACGCCUCAGUUACCAGCUCUAAUUUCCCCGUUCUAUUCUCCACUGUUGUUGCUGCUACUGCUGUCCUGUUUUGUGUUCUUUAUUUUGCCCUUAAUAAUCCCUGUUAAUAAUAAUAAGAAAAGUACAUGGCACAAUCCACCUGGAAUUUCUUGGGCUAAGCCCUGUUUGGGAUCUGUGGGCUUGCGGAGAAGCAUCCUGUGGUGCUCUUCUGCAUUUUUAGGUAAGUUCCCAUGGGGCUUGUCCCAGACAUGAGCGCUUCCUGGCUGUGGUUUUUUGCCUUAUCCAUGUUACAUGAAUAUGUCGGAGGAUAUUAAAAAUCAAAGGCUUUCGUGAAAUGGAUUUAUUUUUAUAAUAUUUAACGACUGUCAAUACUCAUCUAUAUUAACUAUUAUAAAUUCAUAUUUACCUUUUUAGAGAAGUCUGUACAGGUUUGUGGACAUAAAUGUUAAAAAAAAGUGUCAAUGCAAAUAAAGGCUGUUUUGGAGAAGA